AUGUCCCAGUUUAAGCGUCAGCGGAUCAACCCACUUCCAGGGGGACGUAACUUCUCAGGCACAGCUUCAACAUCUCUUCUGGGUCCUCCUCCUGGUUUGCUCACUCCUCCUGUGGCCACAGACCUGUCCCAGAAUGCCAGGCACCUGCAGGGCGGGGAGAAGCAGCGGGUCUUCACUGGCAUUGUCACCAGCUUGCAUGACUAUUUUGGGGUGGUGGACGAAGAGGUCUUUUUUCAGCUCAGUGUGGUGAAGGGCCGGCUGCCCCAGCUGGGUGAGAAGGUGCUGGUGAAGGCUGCAUACAACCCAGGCCAGGCAGUGCCUUGGAAUGCUGUCAAGGUGCAAACGCUCUCCAAUCAGCCCCUCCUGAAGUCCCCAGCACCUCCCCUUCUACAUGUGGCAGCCCUGGGCCAGAAGCAAGGGAUUCUGGGAGCUCAGCCCCAGCUGAUCUUCCAGCCUCACCGGAUUCCCCCACUCUUUCCUCAAAAGCCUCUGAGUCUCUUCCAGACAUCCCACACACUUCAUCUGAGCCACCUGAAUAGAUUUCCUGCUCGGGGCCCUCAUGGCCGGUUGGAUCAGGGCCGAAGCGAUGACUAUGACUCCAAGAAACGCAAACAGCGGGCUGGUGGAGAGCCAUGGGGUGCUAAGAAACCGAGGCACGACCUGCCUCCUUACCGGGUCCAUCUCACUCCCUAUACUGUGGACAGCCCCACCUGUGACUUCCUAGAACUCCAGCGCCGUUACCGCACCCUCCUCGUCCCCUCAGACUUCCUGGCUGUGCACCUGAGCUGGCUGUCAGCCUUCCCUCUGAGCCAGCCCCUUUCCCUCCACCACCCGAGCCGAAUCCAGGUCUCUUCUGAGAAGGAGCCAGCUCCAGACGCUGGUGCUGAGCCAGGCCCUGCAGACAGCGACCCCGCAUACAGUUCCAAGGUACUGCUGCUUUCCUCCCCGGGCCUGGAGGAACUGUUCCGUUGUUGCAUGCUCUUUGUGGAUGACGUGGCUGAGCCAAGGGAGACCCCAGAACACCCUUUGAAGCAGAUUAAGUUUUUGCUGGGCCGGAAAGAAGAAGAGGCAGUGCUGGUUGGGGGUGAGUGGUCUCCUUCCUUGGACGGCCUCGACCCCAACGGCGACCCGCAGGUGCUAGUCCGCACUGCCAUCCGCUGUGCACAGGCCCAGACCGGCAUUGACUUGAGCGCCUGCACCAAGUGGUGGCGCUUUGCCGAGUUUCAGUACCUGCAGCCAGGACCCCCGAAGCGGCUGCAGACCGUGGUGGUGUACCUGCCAGAUGUGUGGACCAUCAUGCCUACUUUGGAAGAGUGGGAGGCGCUGUGCCAGCAGAAGGCCGCAGAGGCAGCUCCCCCGGCCCAGGAGGUGCCCGCGGAAACGGAGCCUACAGAACAGGCAGGCGAGGCAUCGGAGCAAGGAGCGGACACUAAACAGAAUGCGGAGAACCUGGAGGCCACCACACAGCAGGAAGCGGACACCGACCUCCCAGAGGCCCCUCCGCCCCCUCUAGAACCCGCUGUUGUGGCCCGCCCUGGCUGCGUCAACCUCUCCCUCCACAGCAUUGUGGAGGACCGGAGGCCCAAAGAGAGGAUCUCCUUUGAGGUGAUGGUGUUGGCUGAGCUGUUUCUGGAGAUGCUGCAGAGGGACUUUGGCUACAGGAUUUAUAAGAUGCUGCUGAGCCUUCCUGAGAAGGUCGUGGCCCCCCCUGAACCUGAGAAGGAGGAGAUGGCCAAAGAGGAAGAAGUGGUCAAGGAGGAGGUGGCCAAGGAGUCCAAAGAGGAGGUACAGAGUGAGGGCCCAGCUGCCGAGUCAGACACCCCACCGAAGGAAGAUGGGGUCUUACCCAAACCCCCGUCUUCUGGAGGAGAGGAGGAGAAGCCCCGGGGGGAGGCGGCGGCGGAGGACCUCUGCGAGAUGGCCCUGGACCCGGAGCUGCUGCUGCUGCGGGACGACGGGGAGGAGGAGUUCGCAGCAGCCAAACUGGAGGAUUCCGAGGUCCGGUCUGUUGCUUCCAACCAGUCAGAGAUGGAAUUCUCUUCCCUUCAGGACAUGCCCAAGGAGCUGGACCCCUCUGCUGUGCUCCCUUUGGAUUGUCUUCUCGCGUUCGUCUUCUUUGAUGCCAACUGGUGUGGCUACUUGCACCGUCGAGACUUGGAGAGGAUUCUGCUUACUCUCGGGCUCCGGCUCAGUGCAGAGCAGGCCAAACAGCUGGUCAGCAGGGUGGUGACCCAGAACAUUUGCCAGUACCGCAGCCUGCAGUACAGCCGCUCCGAGGGCACGGACAGUGGGCUUCCUGCGGAGGUGCUCUUCGGAAACCUGGACCUGCUACCUCCUUCUGGGAAAAGCGCAAAGCCAAUGGCCGCCCCUCUGGAUCACAAGGGCCUGGUGUCCCACAACGGCAGCCUGAUCCACGUGGGGAACCUGCUGCAGCGUGCGGAGCAGCAGGACAGUGGGCGGCUCUACCUGGAGAACAAGAUUCACACACUGGAACUGAAGCUGGAGGAGAGCCAUCACCGUUUCUCAGCCACAGAAGUGACAAACAAGACGCUGGCAGCUGACAUGCAGGAGCUGCGCACCCGGCUGGCGGAGGCCGAGGACACGGCCCGCACGGCUGAGCGGCAGAAGAACCAGCUCCAGCGGCUGCUGCACGACUUCCGGAGGCGCCUGACGCCCCUGCAGCUGGAGAUGCAGCGAAUGGUUGAGAAGGCUGACAGCUGGGUAGAGAAGGAGGAGCCAGCACCUAGCAACUGA